GUCCCACACAAGGUCGCCUUCCUCAAGCCCCUGUCCCCCUCAGUGACCCGAACCGAGAGCCCAGUGAAUUAACCGUGCUAUCGAUAUUGUCACAAUCCCACAGUCACGAUUCCUCCUGACCUUUUCUGCAGCGCUAUUUGAGAAGCUGCACGCCACUCUGGGAGAUUCCCUCUCGUCUUCCACCAGUCCAGUUCGAUUAAUCCUCAUUCCGUUUGCAUCUGAGGCAGAUACUUCAACCCCCUUCCCUCCCCAUUAGUUACCGACCUCCCUCCCUGUCUGGCUACUGCUCCCUGGGGAAGAUUCCAGCUUCUAGGAAUUGCCUGGCGUUGGCUGUUUAAUAAACUUUCCCAACACGCCAUUUCAUGGGACAACUCCAACCGUCCCCUAUCCUAUCCAACCCGGAUCCACUGGUAGCCCGAAUUUCUCGGGAUAAGACCGUGAGCCACCUUUACAAGUUGCUGGGAUCUCGCUCAGAGACAGAUAUCUCUGGUUGUGUGGUCCCUGUUGUCGCGAUGACUUAUGGGAAAUUCCCACAUGUCCAACUCCUGGGAGUGAAGAUUCCUAGUGCCCCAUUCACAAGUGAGAUCCUGAAUUCAGGACGGGCGGCGGCUGUACUAUCGGAGAGACAGUGGGAGCUGUGAGCUGGACUUGAGACUCGGGAAUCACACACACACACACACACAUCCCAACCCAGACCAGCCCAGAGGCUGGGAAUCAGCACUGGGACUAACCUCGGCCAGGAAAUCCCUCAAACCAGGAUUAAACAUAACAGAAAGGAAAACUCUCAACCUGCUGUCAGAGGGAAAUCAGCAGAACGAACAGAGACGAGGAGUUCCAGCGCGCGGAUCAACACUUGCUGUUUGCACUGACCGAAGAGAAACUUCCCGCAGUCGGGAUUGUUAUAAUGCAGCCAGGGGCGUACGGGACGGGCGUAGGAUAAAGGAAAUAAAAACCGGGAUUAAACAUUCCUGAGGGACACAGGAAAUAUUGCACAGCACCAGAAAGUCCAAGAGAGAUAAAGACAUUUUCAUUAUUUGCAAUGUUGGACAGAAUAUUCGGUUAAUUCAGAGAGAGAGAGAGGGAGAGACUGAUAACCAGCAACUGUUACGAUCUGCUCGAGAGGUUACCAUGGUUAACGAGACAUUCCGCUCCUGGGAUCCGAAAUUUGAAGAUCAGGCGAUUAAUGUGAAUGUGGGAGGCCUGAAGAGAAAGCUCCAAUCCAGCACCCUGUCCCGGUUCCCCAACACCAGACUCGGACAGCUAUUGACCUGUGACUCAGAAGAGUCCAUCCUCCAGAUAUGUGACGAUUACGACGUGUCAAAGAAGGAGUUCUACUUCGACAGACACCCUGGGCUUUUCCCGUACGUGUUAAACUUUUACCAGACCGGGAAGCUGCACAUGAUGGAUGAGCUCUGCGUUUUUUCCUUUUCGCAGGAGAUUGAGUACUGGGGCAUCAAUGAGUUCUUCCUGGAUUCUUGCUGUAGGUACCGUUAUCACGAGCGCAAAACCGAGAGCAGGCGGAAAAACUGGGAUGACGAGAGUGACGUGAGCAGCAUCGACACCUCUCCAGAUGAGAUCUCGGACUUCAACCGGGACUUGCUGAUAUUCCGGGGCUUAAAGUACGGGAAUUGCAGGAAGCAGCUGUGGCUAACCCUGGAGAAUCCAGGCUACUCCAUCCCAAGUCGGCUUUUCAGCUUCCUCUCCAUCAGUGUGGUUCUGGGCUCCAUUGCCACCAUGUGCAUCCACAGCAUGCCCGAGUACCAGAUUCUAGACCAGUACGACAACGAGAUUGACGAUCCCAGGUUACAGAUCGUGGAGCAGUUCUGCAUAGCCUGGUUCACCAUGGAGGUCUGUUCCCGCCUGCUCCUGAGCCCCAACUUUAAGAGGUUUUGCUUUCACCCGCUCAACAUGAUCGACAUAAUCUCCAUCUUACCGUUUUACUUCACCCUGCUGGUUCAUCUGAUCUUCGGACGAACAACAGAUCUGGAAAACCUGGGGAAGGUGGUCCAAGUCCUGAGGUUGAUGAGGAUCUUUAGGGUGCUCAAGUUAGCACGCCACUCAACAGGACUGCGGUCAUUGGGAGCAACUUUAAAGCACAGCUACCGAGAGGUCGGGAUCCUCCUGCUGUACCUGGGCGUAGGAGUCUGUGUCUUCUCUGGGAUGGCAUAUACAGCUGAGAAGGAUGAAGACGUCGGACUGGACACCAUUCCAGCCUGUUGGUGGUGGGGGACGGUGAGCAUGACCACGGUGGGCUACGGGGAUGUAGUACCCAUCACCGUGGCGGGCAAGCUGGCUGCUUCGGGCUGCAUCCUAGGGGGCAUCUUAGUGGUGGCACUACCCAUCACCAUCAUCUUCAAUAAGUUCUCCCACUUCUACCGACAGCAGAAGGCGCUGGAAGAGGCGGUGAGGAGCAGUCGCCUGAAGGGAAGUGAGACGGGGGACGAUGGAGGGACAGAGGGGGAAAUGUCGGAGGUGGAGGAGGAACAGGGACCGGCACACGACCAUGGAUCUCGGGACUCCGACAGACUGGAGAACAAAGCACCAAUUGCGAAGUAAGACUGUCCAAAGGACAGGGCAAAGGUUUUAUAGAAUCUAUAUUAGAUUGCAGGUCUUUUCCAAGGAGGAUUCUGAAUGAAUAAGGACUGUUGUCAAAAAAGAAAUAAACUCGCUUGCCUCAACCACAGCCCUCAAUCUCUCCAGAGGAAACUGUAAAUGUGACCCAAAGUCAGCCAUACUCUAGAGGGCCUGGUGCAAUAAAUGAUACAAUCAUCUGGUUCUUGCUGUUUGGCACUACCUUGGGUCAACCUGUGCCAAGAUGCUAAACCCCUACCCUAACCCAGUCUUUCCCUCACAAAUGUAGCCAUGAAAUAUUUAUUGUCCAUUACUAACUGCACAUUGCAAUAACUAAACUGCAACCCCAUCACGAUAGUUUUCAACAGGGAGAUCUGAGUGAGUAGUCGUGUGGUUAUGUGGAAAUCCUCAUUUCAAUAACUUGGAUUCAGAGCUGACCAGUCCUAAACAAUUUAUGUUGUCUCGAAUUUUCAGUGAUUAACUGCUGGGAACUGAGUUUAUGGUCAUUUGAUUUGAGUAACACAGGGAGAGAUCUGCCUCAGUUACCCGACUGAAAGAAAGCUCUGGAGCAUUCAUAAAAAUUAAUUAUCUUUAUAAAGUUAGCAUCUCAUUAUCCUCACUCCAAUCUUCUUUCAGACACAGCAAAUAAAACAAAUUCCCCUCUGGUGUGCUUCACCCAGUCAGAGUGUGAAUAAUCAAUCUCACCCUCAAUGCUGCCGUCUCUUCCUUUACCAGUGACUGACCUACACUAUCUUCUCCCCAAGAAUCUCCUGGAAUAUUUUCAUGAACAUUGUCUCUUGUUUAUACAGAAGGUUACAGAGGUCCUGUUGACAAUAGCCUCCAAGUUGCUGUUAAUAUGGAGGGUGCGUUUAUCCCUUACAGUCUAAAAUCUAAACGUGCCCCAACAAUAGGAACAGAAAUUUGCUUUUAAAUUGCACCUUUAACCCAGUUGAGCUAUGUAAAGCACUUCAGAUUGGCAUAAUUUAACAGGCCAGGGCAGGCAGGAUGGGCUGAGUGGCCUCAUGUCCUGAACACCUCUGUGAUUCUGUGAAUUUGAUAUCAAGCCACAUAACCUGGGAGAUGAGGACAGGUAGCAUUUUAAGGUCAUUUUUUAAGGAGCAUCUUAAAUGAGGAGCAAUCUGGAGAGAUAGAGUAGUCCAGAGAUGAAAUUCCAGAACUUGGGAUUUUAAAAAUUUCCUUGGUGGGAUGUGGGUGUUGC